GUUCAUAUCACAAGGAACAGUUCGAUCAAUCACUCGUCGUUGCGUCUACCUCUCUCCACAUUAUAUUCAUAUAGACACCUACCAUGAGUGUAUCAGGAGUGCUCAGGAAAGUGUCAAAACUGCUGCCAAGUUUGCUGCAGGUCGUCUUCAUAAUCGUGGUGCUGCAUCUGGUGUCCAAGGGCUUGAUAACAAAAGCGCGCAGGUCUCUGCGACAGGCUCUUGCAAGCCACUACGACGCACACGUCGACAGCCUCGUCCCCCACCACGUCUUCCGGAGAAGGCAACUCAUGCGACCAAAUCUCGCCAACUAUCAAAAAUGGAAUCAAAAAUUGAAAAUUCCCAAGCCUCGUUUCACGCAGGGGAAGAAACGGCGUCAUGAGCGAACGCAAGGAACCAGCACGAAACGGCCGCUGCUGGAGUUCCAGGAUUGGCAUGGAAUUAUGGAGAAAAGGAUGUUGGAAUUGCGCUCUGCAUGUGCCAGAUUGGGCCUCGGGUUAUGGAAGCUCGACUCAUCCACACGUCCUUCCAGUCCAGAAUAUCAGUCCAUUUACGUCCCAACGAGUCCUUCAUAUCAGUCCUUAUUCGUGUCCCGGGACCGAAACCUAACAUUUUGUCCCGUUUCCAACUCCGGGUCCAACUGGAUCUCGAAGAGGCUGUUGGAACUCACGGAGGAGUUCACAAGAGAUGAACUCGAAGAGCGACUACCAAGCCCGCCCUCAGUCCUCGCUCGACAUCUCUACCCUUUUCUGCCUUCUUGGGAACUUUACCCGAAAUUUUUAAACCAGUCCACUAAUAUCAUUAUUGUUCGACAUCCCUUUGAUCGGAUACUGCAUUACUAUCGCAGGUCACUCGAGAAUCCAAAGAAAAAUCCGAGUGAGUAUUUAAAGUUUGGCCGAAAGAUUGUCAACAAAUAUCGAAAAAUUCCAGUCCACAAGAAACAGCCAACGUUCGGUGAGUUUGUUCAGUUUUUACUUGAUUUGAAUUUAGGAAAUACGGAAGAACAAUGGCGUUCUAUCAUGCGGAAGUGCACACCGUGUCACAUUCCAUACAAUAUCAUUGGGCAUUAUGAAACGCUGUGGCAAGACGCCGUGCAUGCUUGGAAAACGGCCAACAUUUCGGUUGAAGUCCCCGCGUUCACUGAGACCGAAGUCACUCCUGAAAUCCGAAAGCUGUAUUUUUCCCGGGUGAAAAAAGACCAUUUACUGAAGCUGCACGAAAAAUAUAUAUUUGAUUUCCAGCUUUUCGGGUAUAAUAUCAGUGAACAUUUAUCGUACGCUCAUAACCUCGAAGAAUCUGUCAUCACUUCUACGAUAGCGACCACGGAAUUGCCGAACUACGAAAUGACUUCGGAUGAUAACAUUUGA